AUGCGCUCUCAUCAUUGGGUUCAAGGUGCAGGACGCAGCCCAGAUUUCAGGAGGUUCACGGUCGUUGAAGUAUCAGCAAGCAGUGAAUCAGUGCAGAGUCCAGCACUCAAUCCUAGGAAAAGGAUUCAUUCUGCAGAGGAAGUGCAAUGCGGCAGCCGGCCAAACCCGGAGGGUGCCGGUUCAGUGUCCGUAACGGAGUUAAGUUAUUCUGAGAACAAGCACGGGAGGGAAAGCCUGUGUCAGCGAUGUCAAAUCAUUGCGAAGCAACUGAACAGGCAGGCGUGCGAGCUGGCCGAGCCAGGAAUUCUGAAGGACCCGAGCUUUGCAGCCUUCCUCCUUGACAAGCUCCAGACUGUGGAAUGGCCUCCGAGGGGCUGCGGUGCCCAAAGCAGCUGUGAAGUGUGUGGAACCCCCCUUCACCACCUGAGGCGCCUGGCACUCCACUCUGCCCUGGGGCUGGCAUUCGACGACAUGCCUGACCUGCAGCCCGGACCCCUUUCUGGCCUGCUGCCACCACGUGUGGCAUCUCACAGUUCCAUCUCACCCUCUGCUUCCUGGGAAUGGCCCACACAGUGUUCUCCAGUUUCUAGCAGUCAAAAACUCACCGGGCAUCCAUGUGGUCCACAGUCCAGGGAGAAAACGCAGGAAAUGGGUUGGAAUCAAGAUGGAGCAGCGAGAGUGUGUGGCAAACGAACCUGUUUGGCCACUGUCACUCCACUUCCUCUACAUGCACAACACUACCUGGAGGGAGUAUGGCGUGUGACAAGCACCUCAGAACAUCUUCGCUCAUUGAGUCCAACUAUAGAGAAGGACAGUUUGGCAACUAUAGCCUCCAGGUCCAGUCAGACCAGGGCUGUACCUUUGGUUUCUCCAUCAGGACAUAAACCGAGUCACCAUGACCCGCCAGCCAUCCCAGCAGCACCCCAAACCAGCACAGCAGCCUCAUUCUUCCUCAGGGCUGCCCAGAAGCUGAACCUCUCCAAACGAAAGAAGCCUCAGCCGCUUCCGCCCUCCCCACCUGACCCAGAAGAGCCGUUCUUCUACACUGAUGGCUUCAGCGCUGCCCUGCAGCUCUCGCCCCCGCCUGUACCCCCAUGCCUCCUCAGGGCUGGGUCAAAGGUUAAGGACAGCCCUGGGAUGGGAAAGGUGAAAGUAAUGGUGAGGAUAUGCCCUGCCAAAGGAUCGCGAGACACCUCAGAAUCCAUGUCCUUUCUCAAGGUAGACGCCCAUAAGAAACAGCUGACCUUUUGUGAGCCACCCACCUGCACACGCUCCACUUCUGCCACCGCCCCAAAGAUGUUUACCUUUGAUGCCAUCUUUACCCAAGAUGCUUCACAGGCGGAGGUGUGCUCGGGGACAGUGGCAGAGGUUAUCCAGUCUGUGGUUAACGGGGCAGAUGGCUGCAUCUUCUGUUUUGGUCAAGCCAACCUCGGCAAAAGCUACACAAUGAUUGGCAGGGACAGCUCUACACAGAGCUUGGGUGUGGCACCCUGUGCUAUCUCUUGGCUUUUCAAGCUCAUCGAGGAAAGGAAAGAGAAAGCUGGCACACGAUUCUCCAUCCGCGUGUCUGCUGUGGAAAUCUGUGGCAGGGAGGAGGUGCUGCGAGACCUGUUGGCUGACUUUUCCACAGGGACUUCCCAGGACAGUCAGCGUGCAGGAAUUUCCUUGCGAGAGGAUCCGGUCUGUGGAUCACAGCUGCAGAACCAGAGCGAGUUGCGGGCGUACUCUGCAGAGAGGGCGGCAUUCUUCCUGGAUGCAGCUCUGGCAGCACGCAGCACCAGCAGAUCUGACUGUAAGGAAGAGGACCGCCGGAAUUCUCACAUGCUCUUCACCCUACACAUUGCCCAGUACCGUAUGGAGAAGAGCACCAAAACAGGAAUGUCUGGGAGUCGUAGCCGUCUGCAUCUUCUGGACUUGGGCAGUUGUGAGUCUGAUUUGAGUCAAACGCGAGAUGGAGGGAGAGGCCAGUGUCUGUCAUUGGGUGCCCUUGGAAAUGUCAUCCUAGCCUUGGCCAAUGGAGCCAAGCAUGUGCCAUACAGAGACAGCAAGCUUACCAUGCUGCUGAGGGAAUCGCUGGGCAACAUCAACUGUAGAACCACCAUGAUCACCCACAUCUCUGACUCGCCAGCCAAUUAUGCCGAAUCUCUCACCACUGUGCAGCUUGCCUCCCGUAUUCACCGCAUGAGAAAGAAGAAAUCCAAGUAUGCAUCAAGUUCCUCUGGAGGGGAGAGCUCCUGUGAAGAGGGACACAUCAGACGGAGACCCUUCUACCCUCGGACUGUGGCUCUUGACCCAGACCACCCUGCAAUGUUAUCCAGUGACCCAGAUUACUCCUCCAGCAGUGAGCACUCAUGUGAUACAGUGAUCUAUGUGGGGCCUGGUGGGACCCCUAUCUCUGAUCGUGAACUCAGCGACAAUGAAGGCCCACCUGCAUUUGUUCCUAUCAUUCCCUCUCUGAACAAGAAGCGUGUAAAAGAGGGACCUAAAUCUGAUGGGGACCACCUCAAAUGCAACACCUUUGCAGAGUUACAGGAACGGCUUGAGUGUAUUGAUGGUAGUGAGAGCACAUCUAUUUUCACCAGUGAAGGAAAAGGCCAACAGACGGCCUCCAAAAGUGAAGUGGAAAAAGCAUCAGAAGGGGCUUCUGUAUCAAACAGGACCGCCAAGUGUUCUCUUCAAAAGCCUGCGCACAUGCAACAUGGGGCAGCGUCUGAAAUUAACACUACUUUAAGACAAGAUUCAGAGCCUGUUGUGAGAGAGAAAGUUUUUAUUAGAGGACCUAUUCAAAAACCCAAUGCCUCUUCAUCCUUGCAGAACAUCUCAAAGACCUCAGUUUUGAAUACCGAGUGUGGCUUAGCCACACGGACACCUCCAGUAGGUAUGAGCCAGCAAGCCCUAAGGCAGAGAGAACGCAAUGACUCCCCAAUUACUGGCAGAUCCCAUCACCUCAGUAGAAGUCCUAUGGAAAUGAGCCAUCUACGUGCUACUCUGAGGAACAGGUGCCUCGAAAGGGAUGUUUUAAGGACUACAGUAACACUGCAGCAGCCUGUGGAGCUCAAUGGAGAGGAUGAGCUGGUGUUUACGGUGGUGGAAGAGCUACCUGCUGGUCUGGUUCCAGACAAUGGGAGACCAUCCAGUAUCAUUAACAUCAACACAGACUGCUCUUUGCAGGCCCUGACAUCUCACUCACGGCCUGUUAGCAUUAUCAGCAGCAUCAACGAUGAGUUUGAUGCGUACACAUGCCAGAUGAACAGAUCCCAGCUGAACCAAGGUGCUACUUCCAAGACACAGGAGGAAUUUACAGCUGGCCAUGCAACUGCACACUCUUCAGUCGGCUCCUGGUCUUGCAAGACAAAUAUUUGUACCCCAAGAAGUGAUGAGACAUCAAAGGGAGUGCACAAGAGACCAGUCAGCAGCUCCAUGAUGGAUUUACCUGGUGGUUUACACACUGAGUCUUUCUCCCAACAAAGAACAAAUAGUCCACUGGGUGACAGUGGAAUUUGCUUUUCAGAACAAGACUAUGAUUCUGCAGGAGACAGUGGAAGGCAUUUUGGUAGUCUUAUGUCACUUGAAAGGUGUGACAGUUUAACCUCAGUGGGUUCCAAACCAAUAACAUCAAGGGAAAACAGUAAUGUCAGUAUCAGUAGCACUGGCAAAUCUGCUAAAAUGGUGCCAAAACCUGGGACACCCUGUUCAAUAUCUACACCAACCGUUACUUCCCCUCCAUCUACUAGUGGAAUUUGUAAGCUUGGACAAAUAAAAGCCAGUAUAACUCCUAGAUCCAUUGUUGGGAAUGGCAACAAAGGGAAGACCUUGUCGAGUACUGGUUCAAAGUCUCUUAGCUCCUCCACCAAGUUCCUUGCCGUCUCAGCUGCUCGGAACACCAGUCUACCUCCAGCUGGAAAGCCCCCAACUCGCUCUGUCACAAGCUCCAAUACUAAACAAGGAAGGGGCACUAUUAUGGGCACAAAGCAAGCGAUUCGUGCAGCCAACAGUCGGGUCAGUGAAUUAGCAGUUGGUAGCUCCAAGAAACACCUCAGGGGCUCUGACCAAGCAGAUGACAACAAUGAUGCCAGAACUUCCAGUGAGACACCACUGGCUGCUCCUUUGCCUUCUCCUUACAGCAAGAUCACAGCCCCUCGCCGUCCUCAGCGCUAUAGUAGUGGCCACGGUAGUGACAACAGCAGUGUACUUAGUGGUGAACUGCCUCCUGCCAUGGGGCGCACUGCGCUUUUUUAUCACAGUGGAGGCAGCAGUGGCUAUGAGAGCAUGAUCAGGGACAGUGAAACCACAGGCAGUGCAUCGUCUGCCCAUGAUUCCAUGAGUGAGAGUGGAGUGUCCACGUCCAGUCGAACAAAGGCCUCAAAAUCUCCCAAAAAGAGAUCGAAUGGCCUGCAGCGACGCCGUCUGAUUCCUGCUCCUCUGCCAGACACCUCUUCUCUGGGCAGGAAGGUUGGUGCAGCAGGCCAGUGGGUCGAUCUACCUCCACUGGGGGGUGCUAUGAAGGAGCCCUUUGAAAUAAAAGUGUACGAAAUUGAUGACGUGGAACGCCUUCAGAGACGCAAAGAAGGGUUGACAGAGGGUUUGCAGUACUUUAACACCCGCCUUAGGAUGCUGGAGAAGAGGCAGCAGCAGAUCAGGGAGUUAAGAGCCAAGCACGAGAAGCUGAAAAAGGAGCUAGAGGAUGCCAAGACUUGUCUCAUGCUGGACCCCAGCAAAUGGAUGGGAGAAUUUGAUGUGGACCCUGACCUGGACCAGGAGUCGCAGGACUACCUGGAGGCUCUGGCUCAGGCCACAGGAGACCUGGAGUUUUGUGUCAACCUAUGCAAGUCUCGUGUGAUGAUGGAAACCUGCUUCGAUAUCGCUGUGCCUGCGAUCCCAGGACAGAGUGGACAACAGGAGAUGGAGGUCUAGGAGAGAACAAAAAACAGGAUGUUGUUUGCAAGCUAGCUGUGAGUUAUGGCAAGAAUGUUUUUUUCUGGGAUUGAGACUGUCCUUCAACAAAUGAAGAUAUUGAAUAAGCAUGGUUAGAAACUCCCUGAAAUGCUGAGAAACAAAGAGACUGAAUAGAAUAAGAGCAAGACCGUGUCCUGAGAUCUUCGUUAAACUUAACCAGGAAGUGCCUUAAACCAAAAAAAAAAACAAAAAAACAAAUCCCAAGAACUAUCUUUGUUUUAUGAUUGGUGCUAGUAUUGAGACCAACUUUCCCAAGUACACUUUGAAAAACAAAGUAUUUUGCAUUGCAAUGCAGUGUAUAGUGUAUUUAUAAGAGCUAAAGUGUGUUUUAAAAAUAUCGUUUUAAGUAUUAAACACAAUAAAAAGUUAAGAAAAAAAAACUCCCCAUACUAUUGCCUUUUCUAAUAUCUAAAUGACCACAAUUAGAACUCUUCGACUUUUUUCUUCAGCAUAAUGCAAAAACGUGCUUGCCCCUGACAGAUGUGAUGUCACGCGAUUGGAUAAAGAUGCUGAAGCAGUGGCACUGUCGUCUGUCUCAUUCAGUUACAGCCGCUCUGCAUAAUGAUUGGCUGUCUGAUACAGAUCUACUACUUUACCUGAUUGGUGCAGCUGGUGGCAAAUCAGAAAUUAGAGCUUGUCUCAAACACUUCUCAGGACAUCAAACCGAAGUGAGUUUGUACUUAUGAAUUUCAGUGUGUGCUGUAUGCGUCAUACUGAAAUGUAUGCAUGUGUCUGUUCUUCUCUGAUCAUGCAACAACCAGCGUUAAGCUGGUUUCUUUUAGCGUGGUAAACAAAUUCACUCUAUCUACCUGAACUUCAAAAGAUUAUGCCUUUCUACACUGAAAAUGAAUAUGUUCAGAUAUACAAACGGCUAUCAUCUGUUGACAAUAUCACAGCACAGGACCUUCUCCUCACUGUGUCCCGUGAUUUAUCUUCAGCCUCUAAUGUUUGAUGAUUUUUGUUUGUCAUGUUAAUCCUUAAAGUGUCUCUGGAGAGAAGUGUGACUGCUGUUUCUCAUAAAGAAACAAAUAGAAGAGAUUAUUGGGAUUUGCAAG